AUGGAAUCUAUGUGGUUGUGUGCCCUCGGCACGGGCGUCUUUGCCCACCGGACCAUCUUCAUCAAGGGCGAGUGGCAUCUACACGCGCCAUACGUUGCGACAACACACCUGAUCUUAUGGUUUGUUAUGAUAGCGAUCACAAAGAGCCUUUCUUUGCCAUUCAUACUCGGAACAUUUUACCUCACUGGCUUAUUCAGUAGUAUUGCGGUGUAUCGUCUCUUUUUCCACCCGUUGCGCCACUUCCCCGGCCCACGAGGCGCAGCUCUGUCGAAACUAUGGCAUGUAUGGCAUUGUUGGACUUCCCAGAACCAUAUUCUGCUCGACUCUCUACACAAACAGUAUGGAGACUUUGUGCGAAUAGGUCCGAACGGACUGGCUAUGUUCCAUCCCGCUGCAUUGGUAGUCAUGGAUGGUGGUGGAAAUACGAACGUCCCUUCAGAAUGGUACGACAUAGUUUAUCCCAGAACAUCUCCCAUCUUUUCGCGUAACGGUGUGGAGCACCGAGACCGACGUCGCUCGUGGGACCUAGCUCUCUCGGGGAAAGCAAUGAACGAUUAUCUUCCACGCAUAAGGAACCGAGUCUCUAGUCUACUCAACGUAAUAGCAGAUGUGAAGUCUACACCCAUCGUAUUGAACGACAUUGUCUACUCAUUCGCUCACGACGCUGCGAGUGACUUCGCCUUCAACGAAAACUUCGGAAUGCUGGAAUCCCCCACAUGGCACAGGAUAGUUGCCCAACAACGAUCUGCACUGUCGCUUCUAGGGCGUCUCAACUCGGCCAUAUGGCUUGUGCGAAUUGGCCUAGUUUUCUUUCCAUUUAUACCUGCAGUCGAAGCAUGGAAGAAUUUGUUGGAUUUUUGUGAUACACUGGCUGAGAAAAGGCUCAUCAACGAAGCGACAGAGCCUGAUAUUCUGAGCUACCUGAUCCAAGACCUGCAACAAAACUCUAAGAACCUGAGCGACAAAGAAAAGAAGAACCUUCUUAGCGGUAAUGCCGUUACUGCGAUGGUAGGGGGAAGUGAUACUACAGGGUCCGGUCUCACGUCUAUAUUUUAUUUCCUCGCCCUCCAUCCCCACCACGCGGACAAAAUCUAUAACGAGCUACGGCACCUCUCCCAUCCCUACGAUACCCACCAACUUUCCAAGAUCGCUCAUCUCAACGGCGUGAUCAACGAGUCGAUGCGGCUUCUUCCAGCAGCUUUGACGGCCAUUACACGUAUCACUGGUCCCGAAGGCUUGGAUAUCGAUGACACUUUCAUCCCUCCUAAUACAAAGAUUGGGUCUCCAAGGUAUACGGUUCAGAGAAUGGAAUCUGCAUUCGCAAACCCCCUAGAAUUCAUUCCAGAGCGCUGGUCUACCCAGCCCGCUCUUAUCAAAGAUGCUCGCGCGUUCGCACCAUUUGGGUUUGGUCGUAGAGCAUGUGUAGGAAAGCCUCUCGCUCUAGCACAGAUUCGCUUGGUCCUAGCAAACGUAAUCGAUAAAUUCAAGUUCGCAUUCGCGCCUGGUGUAGAUGUGGCGAGUGUGGAGCGAGACAUGAAGGAUUAUCUUACUGCUACGCCUGGGAAGUUCAGUCUGGUGUUUGAGAAACGAUAA